AUGAUUUAUAUCAUCAAAAUCAACUGGAGACCACCAAGAUCUUUCAUGGAACGCGGCAGUCUUCAUUAUCAUCUUUCAACCAACAAUGGGAUUCAACCAGCCUUUGGCCGCAACGAGUUCUCAUAUGCACCCGCGUUCUAUGCUUCAAGUGAUCCACAACAGGCAUUUGAACAUCCACUCCACAAUCAUCUAGUUGAAGUAGCAAUUUCAAUAUUACACGGAAACCGAUCACCAGGAAACGAAGAACCUCCGUUCAACGUCUACCGAUUUUUGAAGUACUCGCAGCCAAACUUGACCGAUUAG